UCUGCGAGAACGUCGCUCGUCAUCCAGAGCAGAGGGAAGGGGAAAGAAGGAGAGAAAACAGCGGAAAGAGAAGGGGGAGCUGGCGGAGGUUUGGUGACAGAGAAGAGGAAACUCCCGAGCUGCUUCACCGGGAGAAAGACACACCGUCCAGGGGAGAUACGUCCAGUCGUCACCGGUGCUGCCUUCACGGCUGAUCUGUGCCUGAAGAGGACGAGGAUGCUCUCCUGAAUAUUCCCUCACUCACUGCCAUUCUUUCACCCUAUUUGACCACUGCCUUCAUCAUGAACCACACUCCGAGCCCCCACCUGUCCGACGGUGGGAAGUCAACUGGAGGUGGGCUGCUGUGCAGCCUGGGUCUGGGGUCCGACAGAGGGAUCCGCUCCCCGGACAGCCUCGCCCACACCCCCAGCCCCACAGGAGGAACCCCCAGCUCCAGUCCCCCUCUGCUGCUGUCGCCCGGGCUCGGAGGCUUUGGGAUGGGAUCCCUCGGGGCCAUGGGUGACGGAGCUGGAGCCGACUGGGAGAGCAGGGAGGAGCUAAGGCUCAGGGAGCUGGAGGAGGCUCGGGCCCGAGCGGCCCAGAUGGAGAAGACUAUGAGAUGGUGGUCAGACUGUACUGCCAACUGGAGAGAGAAGUGGAGCAAGGUUCGUGCGGAGCGCAACCGAGCACGAGACGAGGUUCGCCAGCUGAGACAGCGGCUGGACACCCUCACCAAAGAGCUGACCAGUGUGCGGCGGGAGCGGCAGGAGCUGGCCUCUGAGAAUGAAACUCUGAAGCAGCAGACGCUGUGUCUCCAUGGUGACCACACGGCUCCACCACCAUCCACCACUUCUCCCUCUUACUCCCCUGCACAUCAAUGUGGUGCGUCCUCCUCUCCAUCUAUUCCUCUCUCCUCUCCGGCGUCCUCCUCCUCUCCCUCUCAGGUUCACAGCGACGGCAAGUUGGACAGGGUGGGGGAGGCUCCACCGGGGUCUCCAGAACCGGAACCAGUAAGGGAUGUGGACUUGGAGAGAGAACGGCUAGGUCAGCAACAGGACAUGGAGCUGCUGGAGUCUGUCCUGCGAACCAGGCCCCCAGCUGCCGACAGCGGCGGAGGCGUUCAUGUGGCCAGCUCGCGCUCAUCCUGCAGUCUGAGCCGACAGGAGCGCAACCGGCAACUGUGGGAGGACGUCAGCACGGUGGAAGAAGACUCUGGCAAACUCAACGUCCUGCAGCUCCGCCUGGACGAGUCCCAGAAAGUCUUGCUGAAGGAGAGAGAAGACAAGCACGCUCUGAGUAAGAGCAUCGAGAGGCUGGAGGGUGAACUCAGUCAGUGGAAACUUAAAUAUGAGGAGCUCAGCAAGAGCAGGCAGGAAGCCCUCAAGCAGGUCAAUCUGCUGAAGGAAAUGCACCAGGAUGAACUCGGCCGCAUAUCUGAAGACCUGGAGGACGAGCUGGGAGCGCGCACCAGCAUGGACAAAAAACUAGCUGAACUGCGAGCCGAGAUGGAGAGGCUGCAGGUGGAGAAUGCUGCAGAGUGGGGGCGCAGAGAGCGCCUCGAAACAGAGAAACUGGCCUUGGAGAGGGACAACAAGAAGCUGCGUGCGCAAGUCGAAGACCUGGAGGAGCAACUGGCUAAGAAGCGUCGGCAGGCUGCCUCUGCGCUCGACACAGAUCUGAAGGCCAUUCAGAGCGAGCUGUUUGAAAGAAACAAGGAGCUGGCCGAUCUCCGCCACAUCCACGCCAAGGUGAAGAAGCAGUUUCAGGAGAAGACGGCGGAGCUCACCCACGCCAACCGGCGAGUGGAGAGUCACGAGGCGGAAGUCAAAAAGCUGCGACUGAGGGUGGAGGAGCUCAAGAAGGAGUUGGGACAAGCCGAGGACGAGUUGGAUGAGUCUCAUAACCAGACCAGGAAGCUGCAGAGGUCUCUGGAUGAGCAGGUGGAGCAGACUGAAAACCUGCAGGUACAACUGGAACACUUACAGUCAAGACUGCGGCGGCAGCAGCAGAGUCCAGGGUUGUUUGGGAAGAUGCGAUCGACUCGUUUCAGUCCUGAAAACCCAGACAGUCUCACCAGUGACGUGGACGACGAGGAGGAGGAACUGCAGCUCCAGAUCCCAUGACACACACACACACACACUGUUGCUCUGGAAGCAUCCCCAAAUAUCUGCAACUGGAAGCAACACCGCGUUUCUGAUUUCAACCAGUUGUUGACCAUGUUAAUGAUCAAAUAUAAAUGUGUUGAUAAAAACACACACACACACACACACACACACACCUUACUUGCACUCAGAACAUAACAACAUUCCUUUCACUAUAAAACCGCAUUUCCACUAAAAGAAUCCGGAACUUUUUAAGUCCCAGGAACUUCUUUAAAAGGCACUAAAGGGCUCGUGCAGGACAUUGUUUGCUUGUUUUUCCACCACAGUCAGAGAUCAUGGGAUACUGACCUGAACGUCCCUGGGCCACAGCGAGCUGUUACAUCUCAAUCCACCAGGUGGCAGUAAUGCAAAACACUAUACAUACAACGCCCGUCAUAUCUAGAGUUGCAACUAACGAUUAUUUUCAUAAUCGAUUAAUCUGUCGAUUAUUUUCUCGAUGAAUCGUUUGGUCCAUAAAAUAUCAGAAAACCUUGUCAAACAUUCGUCAAACCUGGAAAUGAUGAGGUUCUCAAAUGUUUUCUGAUGAUUUCUUUGUUAUCCAGAGCAAAGAAAUGAAGAAGAUAUUCACAAUUAAGAAGCUUAAACAAUCGGAAAUCUUGUUUUAAUCAUGAAAAUAGCUUCAAACCGAUAAAUCCAUUAAUAAAAUAGUUGUCGAUUAAUUUAGUAAUCGAUUAUUAAUCGAUUAAUCAUAUCAGCUCGAGUCAUAUCGCUAUUGUUUACCACAAAUUUGACUCAAAAUAUUCUUCAUUUAUGGAGGAAAGAGUCUGAGAACAGCACAACAAUGCUGCUGUGACACAGAACCCUUAUGUUAUUAUUAAGUGAUGAAAGUAAGUGUUAUUUAACUGUGUCGGGACAAAUGACAACAACAGUUAAACAUGAAGUAGAUUCACAUCUUAAGAAAUGAGAUCCAGUGGCAACGCUUAUUAAAAACACCCAAACUGCUGGGAUUAUGAUGAAAGGAGAUUUUAUAAACUGGUUCAGGUGAUUAAUCGUUCAUUCAUUUUCUACCACGUUGUCCUUGUACCACAUGACGGCCGUGGGGCCUUGGAGCCAAUCCCAGCUGACACAGGGCGAAAGGCGGCUUCCUCAGUCCCUCAGAUAUUGAGCCUCUGAGGCUGAAACCCGUCUCAAGAGUUAAAUUGAACAAUGCCGUGUUGAGCGUUCUUCCUAAAAGGAUCAACAUUGACACACACAGAGCAACAACAGGGAAGUCCAACACCUGCACAUUAGCAGACUGAAGAAACCUCAUAAGUCUUCAACUCCAGUCCCCUACAGCUGACCACAGAAGAUCUGGACCCUAGUCUUAAAUCUCUAAUCUGUGAAGCGGCCGUGUCCGAGGGAACUGUAGCAUUGUUCUCUUCUUCUUUUAGUAGGAAUGCGUCCAGACUUGUACCGACACCCGAUGGUAUACGCGGGUCCGCGAUAUUCAACGCCAUCUACGAAAACAAAGGCCCCCCAGUCGAAGCAGGAUACAAACCAGUGACCUUCCUGCUGUGAGGCAAUAAUGCGAGCCACAGCAAACACUGUGUACCUCCAAAACCACCCAAAUGUUCCUAAAACAUUUUCAGAAAGUACAAUAUUUACUGUGAACUCCCAUUGAGAGCCCAUAGUUCCUGUGGUGGAAACACAACUUAAGACUCACCCAUAUUUGGACGUUCUUGU